AUGGCGUUGAUAAGCACAACCUCCUUCGGAGAAUUGGAUGAGGUUGAGAUACAAAGGUACUUGAAGCGAGUCAACAAACCCGCUGUUAAAUCCAUAAAGAGUCCCGAUGGAGAUAUAAUAGAUUGUGUUGAUAUGUACAAACAACCGGUUUUUGAUCAUCCUUUGAUGAAGAACCACACAAUUCGGUACGCCAUAAUCCAAUCGAAGAAUGUUGCAAAAUAUGUCGGGGCCGAAGCCAAUUUGAAUCUGUGGAAACCACACGUCGCACACGCGGAAGAAUUCAGUUUGGCCCAGAUGUGGCUUAUAGCCAAUGGUGAGAGCACAACCGAUCUGAACUCGAUCGAAGUGGGCUGGCAGGCGUAUCCACGACUGUAUGGCGAUGAUAACCCCAGGCUCUUUAUUUUCUGGACUUCUAAGAGUUACCGAAAUGGAUGCUACAACCUCCAAUGUGAGGGCUUUGUUCAAAAAUCCAGCAUUACCGUAGUUGGAGCAGCCUUGGAGCAAGUCUCGACUUACAAUGUCCAAAUGGCAUACCUCUUCGUAAUUGUGAAGAAGGACUUCACUUCCGGAGAUUGGUGGCUGAUAAUCAACGGAACACCUGUCGGGUAUUGGCCGAGGGCGCUCUUCACAUCUCUGCAGAACUUCGCGGAACGCGUGGACUUUGGCGGGGAGAUCGUGAACGCAAAGUUCAUAGCGGGCGAGCACACGGAAACCGCUAUGGGGAGUGGCCACUAUUCCUGGGAAGGGUACGGCAAGGCUUGCUCCAUGGAUCAAAUCCACGUGUACGAUGAGCGGGACAUAAUGACAGAGCCCUAUAUCACUAAUAUCUUCAUGACAAAUAGACAUUGUUACGAUUUAUAUGCCGGGACCAACAACCUGGGAACUUACAUCUUCUUCGGUGGACCCGGUAGAAACGUUAAUUGCCAGUGA